GGUGCAUACAACGCGGCGACGGCUCACGCCAACCCAUCACCCACGCCACUUCCCUUUGCUGUCCUUCCUUCUCUGCGCCGCACACGACCCCGUCCGCGCCGCACCGCACCCCGCCCCGUCGCUGUCCAUCGCCGCAGGCUCGCAGACGCCGCCACCAGCUCCAUCGCCUUCCACUUGGUUCCGCAGCCACCACCGCACCACCACCGCGGGCACGAUCCCAGCCGCUGCAUCACGACCGCCAUCCGUCUGCGUCUGUCACCAUGGUCGGCCUCACUUCAGCUGCCGGCGUUGUCGGGUUCCUGUCGGAGCCAGACCCAGCUCUGCGGUCGUUCGCCCUGCACCAGUUGAAUGACCAGAUCGACCUGCUGUGGCCCGAGGUCGCGGGCUCGGUCAGCCAGAUUGAGGCGCUCUACGAAGACGAGUCGUUCCCGGAACGCGAGCUCGCCGCGCUGGUUGCUGCAAAGGUCUACUACCAGCUGCAGGAGUACAACGAGAGCAUGGUCUUUGCGCUGGGUGCCGGCAAGCUCCUUGACAUCCACAAGGCCGGCGAGUUCGAAGAGACAAUACUGGCAAAAUGCAUCGACACAUACAUCGCCAUGUCCGCCCUGCACAACCCCCCGAUCCCGGUCAGCAAGGCAAACCAGGCCCCGCCCCAGCUCAGCACAUCGUUCGGAGCCUCGACAGGUGCUGCCAGCGCCGCGGCCAGCCUGACGUCGCCAAUCACACCCUUCUCGCAGUCCGCCCUGCCCUCCAAGUCGCUGCUUUCCCGCGAGGACUCGAACGCGUUCGACCCCACAACCCCAGGCGGUGGCAAUGCCGGCGUCGCUGGCUCGCACCCCUCGCCCAUGAUCCUGCAGAGGAACGUCCAGAAGAACCUGCAGACGACGAUACGACGCAUAUUCGAGAGCUGUUACGAGACUGCCAACUACAAGCAGGUUGUGGGCAUUGCGAUCGAGGCACGGAAUCUGGAUGUUCUGCGUCAGUCGAUCCUCCGCGCAAGUCAGGACGAGAAAAAGACAGCAGGCAAGAAGCCUGCGGCAGACGCCCCGACUCAGAGCGAGGAGCUCAUGGACUACGUUCUCGACAUCUGCAUGAACGUCGUGCAGGAGCGUGGACUGAGGAACGAGAUUCUCCGUCUCAUUCUCGACCUACUCAACGACAACGAGAUCCCCAACCCCGACUACUUCUCCAUCGCCAAGUGCGUCACCUAUCUCGACCAGCACUCGCUAGCUUCGAAGCUUAUCCGACAGUUGGUGGAGCAAGGCGACGACAAGUCUCUUGCAACUGCUUACCAAAUUUCCUUCGACCUGUACGAGAACGGCACUCAAGAGUUCCUUGCAAAGGUCAUGGCGGAUCUGCCCGAGUCGGACGAGGAGGACGACGAGUCAAAGCUCGCGAGCGGCGAUGCACCUGAGGCAAAGGAGUCUGAUUCCCUGCUCGCAGGUGCGGAUACCAGCAACGUUGCGGACACUGCCAAGUCUGGCAGCGCAGAGAACAAGGCAUUCAACUCCGUCCGCCACAUCUUGCGCGGAACCAAGAGCAUCGAGCUGAACCUCGAGUUCUUGUACAGGAACAACCACACAGACAAGUCUGUCUUGAACAAGAUCCGCGAUAGUCUUGAGGCACGAAGCUCCAUCUUCCACAGCAGCGUGACAUUUGCGAACGCGUUCAUGAACGCCGGUACAACAAACGACACAUUCUUCCGCGAAAACCUGGACUGGCUAGGCAAGGCGGUGAACUGGUCCAAGUUCUCGGCGACUGCAGCUCUUGGUGUCAUCCACCGCGGCAAUAUCACACAAGGGCAAAAACUGCUGGACCCGUACCUGCCAAAGGACAGCGUUUCCUCCGGCUCUCAUUACGAGCAGGGUGGUUCUUUGUACGCUCUUGGCCUAAUUUACGCCAACCAUGGCAGCAACGUUUUGGACUAUCUUGUCAAACAGUUUCAGAACACCACCGAGGAGGUCAUUCAGCAUGGUGGCGCUCUCGGUGUUGGUGUCGCUGGUAUGGCAACAGGAUCUGAGGAGAUCUUCGAUGCCUUCAAGAGCGUUCUGUACACAGACUCUGCCAUCAAUGGUGAGGCUGUGGGUCUUUCGAUGGGUCUUGUCAUGCUUGGCACUGGCAGCAUCAAGGCUCUCGAGGACAUGAUCCAGUACGCACACGACACACAGCACGAGAAGAUUGUCCGUGGUCUCGCAAUGGGCAUGGCGCUCAUCAUGUACGCUCGUCAAGAGGCCGCCGACGAGCUCAUCAACGGCCUGCUUGACGAUCCAGACCCGACCCUGCGCUACGGAGGUAUCAUGACCAUCGCUCUGGCGUACUGUGGCACAGGUAGCAACAAGGCCGUCCGCAGGUUACUCCACGUGGCUGUCAGCGAUGUCAGCGAUGAUGUCCGCCGUGUGGCGGUCAUGAGCUUGGGCUUUGUCUUGUUCAGAAAGCCAGGCAGCGUUCCUCGCAUGGUUGAGCUCCUCUCCGAGUCGUACAACCCCCACGUCCGAUACGGAGCCACAAUGGCUCUGGGUAUCGCGUGUGCUGGUACCGGCCUUCCUGAGGCAGUCGACUUGUUGGAGCCUAUGAUGAAGGAUUCCACUGACUUUGUCCGACAGGGUGCUUUGAUCUCGCUUGCCAUGAUCAUGGUACAGCAGAACGAGGCCAUGAACCCCAAGGUUGUAUCCAUCAGGAAGCAGCUUACCAAGAUCAUCGGUGACCGUCACGAGGACGCCAUGGCCAAGAUGGGUUGUGCGCUUGCCCUCGGCAUCAUCGAUGCUGGAGGCCGCAACUGCACAAUCGGUCUGCAGACACCCACUGGUAACCUUAAUAUGGCUGCCAUUGUCGGUAUGGCCGUCUUCACACAGUACUGGUACUGGUUCCCGUUGACACACUUUCUGUCGCUCAGCUUCACACCGACCGCGAUCAUUGGCGUGGACCAGGACCUGCAGAUUCCGUCAUUCAAGUUCCACAGCAACACCCGGCCAAGCAUGUUCGAAUACCCGCCGGAGACUGAGGUCAAGACUGAGGAGGCGCCUGAAAAGAUCAAGACUGCUGUCCUGUCAACAACAGCGCAAGACAAGCGCCGAAGGAUGGUCAAGGAGCGCCAGCGCCGUCGGGAAAGCAUGGACGUCGACCAGACGCCUACCACGCCCAAGCCCGCCGAUGACGACAAGAUGGAAGUGGAUGAGGAGAAGAAGGAUGACGAGAAGGCGGAGGGUGUGGCAGCGGACUCGCCAAAGAAGAAGGCGGAGAAGGAGAAGGUUGGAUAUGAGCUAGAGAACAUGUCGCGUGUUCUGCCGGGGCAGGUGAAGCACAUCUCAUUCCCUGGAGAGCGCUUCAUCCCAGUCAAGAAGCCCACCUUGGGAGUGAUCCUUCUCACAGACACAACGCCGUCAGAGCCCAAAGAGCUGCUCGAGCUGAAGGUCAAGAAGGCGGCACCAGCACCAGCUCCUGGAGCAACAGGGUCGGGUGAACAGGCGCCUGAAGGGGUUGCAGAGGCCGACUCGCCGGAGUCGGCAACAGACAACCUGGUGGAAGAGGGCGACGAUGAAGCAUCGGUCCCCGGGGACUUUGAGUACGAGUCGGACACGAACCCCAAUGAUAGCGAGUAGUGUGGCAGUAGACGAGGUGCCGGUAUCCUUCUCAGCGCCGGGCGGUUGCCUGCAUUGAUCUCAGGCUUUGGGAGGUCAGAGGAGGCCGCUUUCCCAGCCUGCCUAGAUGUAUAAUAACCCAUGCGGUCUACUAGAAUUACAAGCAUAGUUGUUC